CAACCGAUGCCACGGUGAAGCAAUUGAACGGCGACAUAUUUUCUUGGACCGAAACUUGUAUACACCUCGACACAUUUCCCCACCCGCGCACUGUUCCGUAACUUCGAGCAUUAUAACUCGCCAGUCCGGCUUCGCCAACUAACCUCUCUCUCUCUCUUGGUUCCGCUUUCAAGGCCGAAAGUUUUGUUUCUUAGCCCGGCCAUGGCGCAACCGGUGACCCAGAUGGCCAAGAAGGUCAUCAGGACGUUUCGAGAGCUGCACGGCGUCGUGAUAUCCGCGGGCUUGAUGGACAAGACGGUCAAGGUACGGGUGGGCGGGCAAAAGUGGAAUUCAUUCCUGAAAAAGUUCUUCGACGACCCCAAAACGCACCUCGUCCACGACCCAAAUAAUUCGCUCCGCCUCGGCGACGUCGUCGCCAUCACGCCUGGCUGGCGCACGUCCAAAUCCAAACGGCACGUCGUCAAGCACAUCAUCGCGCCCGGGUCGGGUGUGCCCAUCGAGGGUCGGGCGCCCGUGCCAACGGAGGAGGAGCGGCUUGCGCAGAAGGAGGCGCAGCGCAUGGAAAAGAUCGAGCGCAGGACUGCUAAGAAGAUGAUUACGGUCGUGGAGCAGCAGUUGGGGAUAGCUGAGCAACUGCUCAAGAAGACGAGGAAGGAGUUUGCGCUGAGGGCGAGGUUGAUGGGUGUUAAUAUUGGGGGGAAUGGUGGUGGUGGUGGUGGUGAGGAAGGGAAAAAACAAGCUGGGGAUGUGGCGCCACAAUGAGAAGGGGCUUGGUUUGGUGUGGGAGUGGGUGGAUGGCGGAGGGAUGCUGGAAGCGCAGAUGGGUAGAUGUUUCGGUGCGUUGGCGUCCCUUCUGGAGAGAGAUCAAAGCCACGCAGUGUAAAGAUUCGAAUGAAGGAGGACAACAACUCCUUUGUAUCUGUACAAUUACAACAGGCCAUAUAAGCAUGCAGGGUCAAGCUUGCCGGGCGACUAGAGAAAAACAUGGAUUCAAGGUGCUUUGGGGUAAAACAAUGAAGCCGGAAAGACCAAUCCUCGUCUCUCCCCAUCUUGGGUUCAGGAGAACGGGAACGGCAAUGG